CUGUGCAACAGAUAGUGCGCAGCUUCAGCUAAACAGCCCCCAUAUUCGGCGAAAUUCUAAAACUUAUAAAUAUUUUAGCUAGUUAACCUCUGAAAUCUGCCAUAAUCGCUGGGUUUGCAAAGAAACUAUAUAAGCUUGUCAGCUAAAGGGCUGUGAUCAUGUAUGCUCACGUCUAUUAGCUUGAGGCCUAUUGAACAAGGAAUCUCAACUUAAUUUACGACGAUUAUACACUUAAAGUGAGCGAAUCCCUUCUCACUGACAACAGUACAUAAAUUAAAGGCACAUUGACCACGCCCCCAUACCAAAGUAUAUGUGGAGAUGGGCGGGGCUACAACACACACCUACAUACCUACCUACACCUACCUCUCGAUGAUACAGAUUGUGAUCUUUUAAGGUGACUAAACUGAAAAAGAGAUGGCUUCGUGCAAAAAAGGAGAGAAGAGAAGAAAAGAGAGAAAUGUGAAAACGUUAGAGGAAUUUGAAGACUCGGCUGAAAGGAAAGGAAGGACAAGAGAACAAAAAAAGUACAUUGGUGCUCAUGUGUCCAUAGUAGGAGGGAUAUGGAAAGCAGUUGAAGCAAGUGUAGAAAUGGGGGGCCACAGUUUUGGAUUAUUUUUGGGUUCCCAACGCUCUUGGCAAAGACCUGCUCUUGAUCAGAAAGCUGCAGUGAAAUUUCAGCAGGCUUGUGCUCAACACAGCUUUGACGCAAGACACAUUCUGCCACAUGGAUCUUACCUGAUGAAUUGUGGCUCUCCCAAAGAAGAUGUGUUUAGUAAGAGCCAGGUCAUGCUGGUUGAUGAACUCAGUCGCUGUAGUCUUUUGGGCCUUACUCAGUUCAACUUUCACCCCGGGGCCUCCCUUGACUCCAGCAAAGAGCAAUGUAUCGAGAGGAUUGCCGAAGCUAUAAACAAUGCUCACCAGCAAAUACCUGCAGUCUGUACCGUUCUUGAAAAUAUGAGUGGACAGGGAAGUACAGUUGGUGGAGAUUUUAAUGAACUGAAGUCCAUAAUUGACCGUGUUCGAGAUAAGACACGUGUUGGAGUAUGUCUAGACACGUGCCAUGCAUUUGCAGCAGGUUAUGACAUUUCUUCAGAGGGAGGAGUGAAGUCUGUGCUUGAUGAAUUUGACCAAGUGGUUGGACUGCACUACCUGAGAGCAGUUCAUCUAAAUGACUCAAAAGGUAAAUUGGGCUGCCAUCUGGAUCGCCAUGAGGACAUUGGCCGUGGACAGAUUGGCAUCUCUGCUUUCCGAAACAUUGUGAAUGAACCUCGAUUUGACAACAUCCCUCUUAUUCUCGAGACACCUGGCCGCCCAGGUUUUGAAUAUGCUGAACAAAUACAGCUCCUGUAUUCUUUAUGUGAGGACUAGAAUGCAAGAGGACCUCUUCAUUAGACAGUUAUAAAGAUUUUGUGUUCUAUUUUAUUCUGUUCACGCAUUGUAUAUUUCAUACAGGCAUACAAUAAACAUAAAUUGGAUUCAUAUAAUCUGUUAUCUGUAAAGUAUAAAGUACUGUAAAGUGUAGUUGAUUGCACAACUACAAUUUAGUUGUUUAGUCAGCAGAGGGAGCUGGAAACAAGGAAAACAUGAUAGAGUAGGUUGAAAUCCCAUCAGUAAAUCUUAAACUAGGUCUGCUAAAGCAAUUCUGCUUCCAUAUUGUACUUUCAUAUGUAUUAAAGAAUUUACUCAAUCA